CGGCGGAGAGUGAUUCGGGCGGGCGUAACUGCGAACUUUUGUUUGGUGUGUUGUGUGAGUUAGUUUCCGCCGCCGGGACAGAGGCGCCGGCCGGGCUGGGCCGGGCUCGGGGAAGCGCCGCACGGCCAGAGUUGUUUUGCCAGUUGCCGCGGCCGGGUAGGCUUCCCGACCGAGGGGUGAGAAGCACCGGCGACAGCAGGACGAGCCCGCGGCCCGGGGUGCGGGGCAUGCGGGAGUGGGAAUCCGGGCUCUGAGCCGCCGAGCCCCGCCAGGGAAGCGCCGCGGGGUCCCGACGGAGCCAUGGAUCCUGGGCAGCCUCAAACGCAGCAGCCGCCGCAGGCAGCGCAGCCCCCGGCCUCGCAGCAGCAGCCGCCGCCGCAGCCCCCGGGCGCGGUAUCGGGGGCCCCGGCCGGCGCGGCGCAGCCUCCGGGUGCGGGGCCCCCUCCGGCGGGGCACCAGAUCGUCCAUGUGCGGGGCGACUCGGAGACCGACUUGGAGGCGCUGUUCAACGCCGUGAUGAACCCCAAGGGCGCCAACGUGCCACACACGCUGCCCAUGCGACUGCGGAAACUGCCCGACUCCUUCUUCAAGCCGCCCGAGCCCAAGGCCCACUCCCGCCAGGCCAGCACUGAUGCCGGGACAGCAGGAGCCCUGACCCCACAGCAUGUCCGAGCUCAUUCCUCUCCAGCAUCACUGCAGCUGGGAGCUGUUUCUCCAGGGACACUUACACCCUCUGGAGUAGUGACUGGACCUGGAGCUCCAUCUUCUCAACACCUCCGCCAGUCUUCUUUUGAGAUCCCUGAUGAUGUACCUUUGCCACCAGGUUGGGAGAUGGCUAAGACACCUUCUGGACAGAGAUACUUUCUUAAUCACAUUGAUCAGACAACAACAUGGCAAGAUCCUAGGAAGGCCAUGCUUUCCCAGAUGAAUGUUACAGCUCCCACCAGUCCUUCUGUGCAGCAGAACAUCAUGAACUCAGCAUCAGGCCCACUCCCCGAUGGAUGGGAACAAGCUAUGACCCAGGAUGGAGAAAUUUACUACAUAAACCAUAAGAACAAGACCACAUCUUGGCUAGACCCAAGGCUUGACCCACGCUUUGCCAUGAAUCAGCGAAUCAGCCAAAGUGCUCCAGUCAAACAGCCACCUCCUCUGGCUCCUCAGAGUCCCCAGGGUGGUGUGAUGGGAGGGAGUAGCUCCAAUCAACAGCAACAGAUGAGACUUCAGCAGCUACAGAUGGAGAAGGAAAGGCUGAGACUGAAGCAUCAAGAACUGCUUCGGCAGGUGAGGCCACAGGCAUUGCGGAAUAUCAAUCCCAGCACAGCAAAUUCUCCAAAACAUCAGGAAUUGGCUCUCCGUAGCCAGCUUCCAACAAUGGAACAAGACGGUGGAUCUCAAAACCCCGUGUCAUCUCCUGGAAUGUCUCAGGAGCUCAGAACAAUGACUACAAAUAGUUCUGAUCCAUUUCUUAACAGUGGAACAUAUCACUCCAGAGAUGAAAGCACAGAUAGUGGACUUAGCAUGAGCAGUUACAGUGUACCCAGAACCCCAGAUGACUUCCUGAACAGUGUUGAUGAGAUGGAUACAGGUGACAGUAUCGGCCAAAGUAACAUACCAUCCCAUCAGAACCGUUUCCCAGACUACCUUGAAGCCAUUCCAGGGACAAAUGUGGACCUUGGGACACUGGAAGGAGAUGGAAUGAAUAUAGAAGGAGAAGAACUGAUGCCAAGUCUGCAAGAGGCUUUGAGCUCUGACAUCCUUAAUGACAUGGAAUCUGUCUUGGCAGCCACCAAGCUAGAUAAAGAGAGUUUUCUUACUUGGUUAUAGGGGCCUCAGGGAGACUGAAUUCUAAAUCUGUGAAGGAUCUAAGGAGAUUAGGACAUCUGUAUCUGAAGUUCAGAACAAGCCAGUGUGGUGCACAUUGGCUUGUGUUCAGAAAAAGUAAAUGAACAAAUACUCAACAAGAUUCUUUGGGCUUGCUCUUCCUUGUCCAUCGCUGCUGUUAUAUAUUGCUGACUUUUUUCCACAGUUGACUUUGAAGAACAGACAUCUUCUUGAUCUUUUUCUAUUGCUGUUGCAACUACUGUUCAAGGGGGGUGGGGAGGAAUGAUGAGCCUAUUUUGGAUGACGAAUGCCAUUCCUUUUGUCCUAGUGUGCGCUUGCAUAUCAUUUUAUCUAAGUACUCAGAUUUGAGAGUUAAUUUCUGCAUGUCACUGCUUGUAGUUUGCUCAGCUAGUUGUCUCCUGCUGCCUGUGGUAAGUGGUAAAACAUGAUAUACUGGGGUGACAAGCCAAAAAUGAUGUAUCUGGUCAAAAGCAGUCAAUACUGAUUUGGAGAUACGAUGUAAAGGAGGGCUGAAGACUGGCAUUAAGUGUUCCUACUAGUAGCUCUUGCAUUAGCCACAAAGUGCUCUUGUUUGUAUUUUAUGUUAUAGUAAAUCAUGAGUCAUUUUACAUAGAAACAUAUAUGAACUUUGAUUGUUGCCACAUACUCUAGCCUAACUUCCAUUUGUCAAAAAUACUUUGAUUAUUUUUGUUAGUUGGUUUAACUGUAGCCGUAGGAUGGGAAGUAAUUAUAGGUGUUCUGGGUUUUUUUUAUUAGUGAAAUCUAAGGGUUUUUUCUGAUUUCACACAGUCUUAUUUAAAUCUGAAUUGUCUGCUUUUUUUUUAUACUUAAACCAUGCCUAUUGUAGCCUGAUAAGCUAGUGAGUACAUAAACCAGUAUGUUUUGCCUGUAACUUUUUUAUUUUUUUAAAGGCUAGCUUUGAAUGUAAUCAUUAGAUUUCAUGACCAGUGGCUUAUUUUUCAUGUGUAUUUGCGAGACUUUGAAUUAGAAUCUGAUUACAGCAAUGUAAAAGUUAGAGUCCUUUGUCAUGUGUACAAAUUUUAAAUGCAUUUUAAAGUAGCAGAACCAUUUUAAAAUUACAUCUAAUCUCUCUUCUGGUUUUCGGUUUUGGUCUCUAAGUGAGUUCAGAUUUUAAAAUCCUUCAUUGGGAAAAAAAUUAUAAAAAGUUUAUCUUAAGUUAACAUGGACAAAAAUUCUGAACUAUUAAUAUCACUGUGUGUUGCAAUGUAAAGGCUAGAACACCAAAAAACUUCUCAAUAAAAACUUCUAAGUGUAAGAGUUUGGUGAAAAAUAAGCCCUGGACACUAUAUGUAGAAGAAUGUAAAGAUAUGUGUUAGAUGGUGACAUGAGCAGGUAAUGAAGUGUAUAUUAGUAGUAGAGCUUAGCAUGGGGUAGAGGUGAAUAUGAAUCAUUUUUAUUUUAACAGGAAAAGAUGUAUCACUAAGUUGUCUGCAGGAGUUGACACAAGUUUCCAAAGAGUAUUUUUAAAUGAACAAAAUGAGCAUGAAUCAAACUUUCAAUAUAAGCUAUGAAUUUUUAUGGGGCUUUUAGGAUUUUUUCUGAUGAAAAAUAGUGUCACCAGUUAACACCUCUAUAAUUAAGGGCCUGUCACCAUUAUCAACAUUGAGCCUUUAUUUUCAAGGGUGUAUAACAUGACUAUAAAGAUACUGUAAGCAUGAAACUU